CGCAAUGAUUUAUGGUCCUUCUUCUCAAAAAGCAAAAACUUUAGAAAAUUUCAAAAUGUCGUCUCUUUCAAGAGGAGUUUAUCUAGCCCGUUCUGCAGCUCGUCUACGGGCUACAGGCCGUCCAUUGAUACGUGGCGAGGUAGAGAAUGCACCAGGGCAGGUAAAUAUGGUUUUUAAACAUUUUUACUGCCAAAAGUACAGGAAUAAUUAAAUCACGUUCGUUAUGAGUUAUGAUAGUAAAAUAGUAUAAAAUGAUACGGUGAAAAGGUUUAUUUAUGUUGGAUGGUAAUUGCAUUGAUUGAAGCUGAUAGUAUUGCUUGAUCUAUGUAGAAUCAGUGUGAAAUAUGUUUGCUUUUGCCACAGUCAGGCUCAUAAAAAUAAAAUUGUACUGACCAAAUAUCAAUAAGUGCCCAAUACCGUCGGUUGCGUCGAAGAUGGACAGUCACUGUUAUUAUAGACGGCAAUAGCUUUUGUAUUACCUCAAUUUGAAGACGUCGUUACUCUCAAUCAGUCGGUGUGAGGCCACUUAAAGUCCUUAAAUGAUUGGCUAAAUCAGAUUAGAAGCUGUCAAAUGCUUGUUAUAAACAUAUAAGUUUCAUGUAAGGCCUAUACCGCGAACCUCCGAAUAUAAGCCCCCCCCCCAUGUAUAAGCCCGCCAUAUCACUAACGCUCAGGCAUUUCUGAAUAUAAAACCAAUCUACAAGUUUAAUGUGAGAAUCUAUUCUUACAUGCAAUGGUAAAAUUUGCUGAAAGACUUCAGGGUGGAACACACCCCUUACACCCCCACCCCACUUUAUCACACUGACACCCCCUACCCUGCUUUACCAAUUACCACACUGACACCCUUUAUCUUUUUGUAGAAUAUGCCAUUCCAGACAAAGAACAAAUCGCGACUACUAGCAACCAUGAUCCUCUUCCUUGGUACUGGCUUUAGCAUUCCAUUCAUUGGUGUUCGAUUUCAGAUGGCUAAGAAUAGCAGUGCUUAAUGACGUGCCUUAGAACUGAGCACUUUAGAACUAAUAUUGCCUUUUGGCUGAUAUUGUAAACAAAACUGAAUAUUUGUUAUAAGUUAUGUGCAAAUUUAAUAAAAAAAUUAUUUUCUGUUCUUAAA